AGUAGACUGCUGCAGGCUUAUAAGUAGCGCGGUUAUGAUCCCCUUUCCGAAGAACUCCAUAUACUCCUAGUCAAUUUUCAAGGCUCUGGAAAGGUUCAGCAGGUGUCCCCCAACAUGUUCAUGAAGAGUAGCUUUGUGCCUCUCGUGGCCCUGUCCUCUGCCAUUGGCGCAUGGGCCCAUGGCGAAGAAGCAGCCAAAGAGAUGGGCCCUGUGGCCUUCAUGUGGCCGUCAGAUCGUACCUGGGGCGCCGCCUACGAUAACACGGCUCCAUGUGGCUCAUCUUCUGGUGCCACGAACAGAACCGACUUCCCUAUGGUCAAUGGCCAACUUGCACUCGUCAUCCAAGACGAAUCAUGGAACGUUCAGAUCGCGAUCUCUCACAAAAGCAACCCUAGUACCAAUGAUGACUUUGAGUCAUUCAUCGAUGGAUCACGCAUCAAGGACAUCGAGCCAGGCCACGAAUGCUAUCCCGUGCCCAACCCCUCCAUCGAUGUCGAAGAAGGAAUGAACGCUACCUUCCAAAUCAAGUACACCUCGGACUUCGACACCGACAGGAACGAAACCUACUAUGCCUGCGCCGAUGUCAGAUAUGUCGCCGCCAGCAAGUUUACAACUCAGGUGCCUUGUUUCAACGUCACAGCGGAUGAAUUCACCGCUGUCACAAGUCCUACGGCUACCGCUGGUGCCACUGCCACUGCCGGAUCAUCGAGCUCUUCCUCCAAAGAUUCAGGUACAAAGGAGUCAAGCUCAGGUCUUUCUGGCGGUGCUAUCGCUGGUAUCGUGGUUGGUUGUGUGGCGGCUGUGGUGAUUGCUCUUGCAGUUCUGUUCGGAUAUCGAAGGUUCUUGCAAAAGUAUCGCUCAUAUCGUCAAAAGGCGUCGGUUAGGAAUGUGGAUUGGGCCGAGACUGCUACUGUUGAUCCCAAGGUGGAUACCGAGGGUCUUCGGAAGAUUCGAUAGGUAUGGUGUAGGCAUGGGCUGUCCUUCUUGUGGGUAGGAGGUUGGGGGUAGACCUUUUAAAAGGAGAUUCCCUGGAUGACUUCUAUGCGAUGUGAUAUGAAUGGUUGAAUGACACCCUCCAUGGGAUAUUAUGUUACUUUUCUUCUCACGUACCUCGAGGUACAAUGUGUUGAAUGUACGGUGCUAUAGUUGCUUGAUG